GAGUCUGAAAGCUUGUUAGAUCUCUCGAAAGAGAAAAGAAGAGAGAAGAGCUUCGAUUUCAAGCAAGAAAUGGCGUUUUCUUCAUCUCUGAAACUCGCACUCGCACAGCUUCCUGCAAAUGAUACUCGCAUCAUCAAGCCACAUCCAGUUCGUAUGGCAGCACCUGCACAGGUACGGAGCGAGGCAAUUCAAGAACCACCACGGCUCACUGUCACUUCACGAAGAGAAGCAUUGCUCUGCAUGUCCACCUCUCUCUCAGCGACUGCUCUUUUCCCAACCGGCCCUGCUGAAGCACGUGUUGUGAGUCUGGACAUCAGGGAAAAUCUCAUGGAGAAGCUGGAGAAACUCUGGGAAUCGUUUGGUUUAUCAAAACCAAAGGCCGAGUCAGGGCCUGGCGGUGAGCAAAUGAAACCACCCGUGAACCAAAAUGACCAACCGAUGAACAUGCUCGAGCAGCUCAAAGAGAAGGCUGGAAUAUCAGAACCGAAGUCUGAUUCAACUGUAAAUAGUGAGGAGCUGAAGCCGCCGGUAACCCAAAACGACCAGCCAAUGGAUGUGAUCGAGAAGCUCAAAGAUAAGGCCGGACUAUCAACUACAAAGUCCGAUUCAAACUCGAAUGGUGAGGAAAAGAAACUAGCUGUAUCCCAAAACGAUCAACCAAUGGACAUGUUCGAGAAGUUCAAAGAGACAGUUGGAAUAUCAAAACCGACUGGGAAUUCGAGCUCCAGAGGAGAGGAAAAACAACCAUCAGUUGCUGAGAAUGGCCCACCAUCUGUAGCUACAGUUGAAGCAAUAAUUUCCAAGUAAACAAUCUUUCUAAGUAGCUGCAUUUGAAGUUUUCUUGACUUCUUGACUUCAGAUUCUCAUCUUCUCAUUUAUGUAGGAUGCUUUUAUGCAAUAAUCGUUGGAGUGUUGAUUCCA